AUGUCAAACUUAAAUGCCUUAAACAAGCGCAUCGAAAUUGAUCAAACGGUUAAUAGCAUUAGCCUAAGAGUUGAGGUACAGGACGUGGUGUGCCGUACGAGCGGUGGGACAGAGAAAUGCUAUUACAUAAUAGACAAAGUGGUCAAUGAAGUGGAGGCCAAGACCUACUGCUCAUCACUAGACUCUACGGCCCGUCUAUUGUCCAUACACUCGGUAGAAGAGGCGAUAUUUGUAACC